GCUCCUGGCUGCUGUUGGAGGAGUUUCCUUUCUUGAGUACAGCAUUUGAGGGUGCCACAACAAUUCUGAGUACUUUCUCCAGCUGAGCACAAGCCUCUGCAAGAUGUGGAGACGCUCAGCACAGCCGAAGGCUUUUGCUGGCACUGAAAGGAAGGUCUGGGAACUGCAAGGGUGAAGAAAAGCCAAAAGAAAACACCCAGCACAGAGCAUCAGCUCACAUGUACCUGCCUGUGGUUUUACAGCAUUUCUCCCAGAAAUCCCAACAAACUCCAGCUGGGAGAGCUGUGCCCUCUUCCUGUAGUGUUUGGUACCCAGCCCCACAUCCAUCACCCAUCGCUUUGUUCCCACCCUCCUAAUCUCAGGACCAGAGAGAGCAGAUCCAGAAUCCUGUCAGGUUGGACACCACUGCCUUGGAUCUUCAGGGCUGGGAGGAAAAUUUCCCCUCGGGAAAGAGGAGCAAACCCUAUAGCACCACAGAGAAAUACCCGGGUGAAGCGCUCGGUCAGAGACGGUCGCCCCUGGGUACCGCCGGAGCAUCCUUUAACCUGCCUUUAGAGCCGUCCAAGAGGAUUUUCCUUCUUACAAGGGAGAGGAAGCAGCAUCCCUUGUACCAUGCCCAUCGCUCGCCCCGCCGGCCGAAUCCCCGAAGCUGCCUGGACCUCGGGCUUGAGGGAGAUGACAGAGCCCUGGAAAGGUGCCUUGGGCUGCCUCGGCGUGGCUGUCUUCUUUGCCAUGACCAUCGGCAUCAUCUCCUGGCAGGCCCUGGAGCAGUCACCGGAGGAGUGGGUGCUGCGGGGCCGGGCGGGAGGGGUGCUGUGGGAGCGCCGCCGGGGUGCCCUGCUCCUACGGGCACUGCCCGAGGGGCAGCCGGUGGCCGUGAUUGCCGUGGGCGGCGUGCCUGCAGCUGAGCCACCCCCUCCACGGGACCGGUGCUGGCAGGACGGAGGCCAGUUCUGCUACGCAUGGGAGGAGGAGGCUGAGCUCCGGCUCUCCCUCGAGCCCCCGCCAGCCCCCGGCACCGAGUGCUAUGGCGUCCGCUGGACCCCGCUGCGCCCCGACGUGAUGCUGAAGGAUUGCUUCUCCAUGGCCAAUAUCUCCUGGUACGGAGGGGCAAGCAUCCGUGACCAGCAUUGGCCGUUCAACAGUGCUGAUAGCCCAGCACAGCCCUUUGUCAGCGGAGAUUUUGGCAAAAACCCCACUGGAUAUGGCCCUGUGCUAGAAAGAUACUUCCUAGGAUCAACAGGAGUGACAGUAACGGUGGCACCCGAUGUGCCCUUCGUCCUUUCGCUGGAGAGCAACCAGCAUUUCUGCCUGGGUAGUGCCGGUGUCCCCCUGCAAUACCUCCUCUGCAUCAGUUCCGAUGUGGCCACCGCGCACCGGCACGUGGGCACUCAACUGGUGGAGCCAGCACGGGUGCUGCCAGAUACGGCCCUCCUGGGGUCUCCCAUCUGGCACUAUUAUGGCCCAGUGGGCUCAGCUGCCAAAAUUAAGCGGGGUUUGAGGUCGCUCACCAGGAGACUGAAGCGGCACCAGCUUCAGGAGGGUGUCCUGGCCCUGGGGGAGCGCAGCACUGCCACUCUCGCUGCCGCGGAAUACGUGUCCAUGGAGCAGAGGAGGCGGCGCAGCUCAGCCCAUGCCUGGGACCCUGCAUUGAUCGACCCCCUGCAGCUCUCCAUCACGCUGUCCCCCUACACCAGCAUCGCCUCCCCGCUCUUCCUGCGCUCACUGAGGGACAACGAGGCCAGCUACUGGCUGAGCCUGCAGCCUCGCUUCGGGGGCUGCUUGGUCCCACUGCUGACCACAUGGAAGGGACGCCUCUGUGCCCGCCUCAACGUCACCAGCGAGGCGGCGCUCAGCUGGUACCUGGCCCGUGCCCGGGCCCUGCGGCGGGCACUAGGGGCCACGUAUGUGGUCUUUGAGGGUGCUGAGGGCAAUACCUUCCUGGAGCAAGCCAUGUCCCCUCCUGCUGAGCUGGCUGGUGACCGAUAUGUUGGGGCACUGGCAGCAGCGCUGGCCACACUGGGGAAUGCCACGAUCAUCAGCGCUGGUGCCAGAUCUAGUCACCUACCACUCUUCGUCCAGAUGAGCCCACGGCGCUCAGACUGGAGCCACGCGGGCCUAAAGGGGAUUAUCCCCUCUGCGCUGCACUACAGCCUGCUGGGCUACAACUUCUUCAUCCCUGAUGCAGUGGGAGGCAGCCUGGCUGGUGAUGCCCCAGGGGACCAGGAGCUGUACGUGAGGUGGCUGCAGAUCGUGACCUUCCUCCCCGUGAUGGCCUUCAGCACUCCACCCUGGCUCUGCUGCGACACCUGGGUCCUGAACCUUACCCGGCAGUGCAUACAGAGGCACCGGGACUUGGUGGUGCCACUCAUCCUAAAAUACAGCGAGGAGUGGUUGCGUUUGGGGUACCCCAUCUUCCGCCCGGCGUGGUGGCUCAGCCCAACAGACCCAACCGCUUUCACCAUCGAGGAUGAAUUUCUCAUUGGAGAUGAGGUCUUGGUGGCCCCAAUAACAGAAAAAGGGCAAACGUGGCGAGAUAUCUACCUGCCCGGAGAAGGGCACCAGUGGAUGGACACCAACACUGCCCGUGUGUUUGAUGGAGGCACCAUCCUCAGGAAUUACUCUGCCAGCCUUGAAGAGGUGCCAGUUUUUGUAAAGACUUCCUAAAUAUGGAUUGUUGUGGCUUUUAGGCAGUUGCCCUCCUUCAGAGCAGCACUGGCCAAAUGUGGUCACUUUUCCUUAAGAUAAUUUCUUGCAUUUUUCUAAGAAUGUGUUUUUUACUUUUAUUAUUUCAGCAGAAAUUGUUCAAAUUGUCUAUUAUUGCUGCUAUUCUAAAAUAGCAACAGUACAGAUUGGGCACAAAUACACAUCCACACCACGUUGACCUCCAUCUUUUUGAGGUUUCCCAGGGAUGUAUUUGUGUGCCCAUGCUGUGUUUUGGUGGGCACAUCCGAUGUUCCCAGGUCCCUGCCACCCCAGUCAAAGAUGCUGCCUUGGCCUGAGAGUGGAUUUUCCAGAAUCUGAUAUAAACAAACAUCACCUGUCAUGAUUGGAUUUAUGCAUUUAAAGAAUAAGAUGUAUAUACAGGGAAAUGUAAAUACAGUAGCUCUAUACAUGUGCCUGGACAUCACGUGCUAAAUGCGCUACAUGCUUCUCUCAUCUGAUGCUGCAUCUAGUCCACCAGGAGAGAGGACUCGGGGGAAAUGGAGCACAGGUCUCUGUACAGAGAUUAAAUCACUGCAUAGCCCAGAUGGUACCAGCAUCUUCCUCCAGACCUUGCCCAAAGUCAAACUGAAGAUAGAAUCAGUUUUUGCUAUUCUUCACCUAUCGGAAAGUCACCAACAUUUUAGUUAGGUUUAGUGCCUGGCUGAAGAAAAAAAAAAUAACCACCAUGUUCAUGCAUGGUGCAUCUUUUACAUGCUGUAAAAGUUCUCAAGCAGCCAAUUUCUUUGUGUUUGUUAAUAAGAUACACCUCAUUUCUGCAGUGAAUUUGCUUUAAAUUAAGUUUCCUGCUUUGUUGCUGCUGUGUCAGGGUUUGUGCUGGUGUCACUUGGCAGUUUCUGAGUUAUAAAGGGUAACAUCACAUCACUGACAGCUAAAAGAAUAUUGCUAAUGCAUUUUCUAUCUUGUGAACAUUUGGAUAUUAAAGACUGCAUUUGGAGUCACCAUAAGGUUAAUGAAGUGUUCAUUAAUGUAAACUUGAUUUAAAGACUUGGCCUGCCUUGCCAUCAGUGUCUCUGGGCACUGGCUGAUCUGUUCUCUGCCUUGUGUCUUCCUCUUGGCAAUCCAUGUGGAAGAGGCACAAAUGUUUCCCCUCACGUUUUCUAUUUUCUAUCUUAUUCUUUUCACUAUCUUAAGCUAAUGCUCCUGUUUUCCUGAAAGGGAGACUUAGGCAUGUUUGAGAUGUAUGGAAGUGGACGGGACUUCAAUGGAUGCUUAAGAGAUUUCCUGAAAUGAGGGCUCUGUGACUAUAAACUGGUAAAUGCUUGCAAUAUUAACUAGCUAAAAUAACGUAGUAAAAACAAAAAUACAAUAAGCACAAGCUCUUCUUUUAACAAUUUUUUGCUUUAAGCACUUUAUUUUACUCCACUUUGUGUUUUUUCUUUUACCUGUGCAGCAGUUGUGCAUGCCUGCCUAUUUUAUGGAUGUAUUUCUAAAUCUUCCUGAUUGGUAGAGCAGGAAUGAGUGGUUUGGGUAGAUCUUAUAAGGCAGAGAUUGUGACAAUGUUUAUGGAUGAUGCACUCUUAUCACCACUUGGAUUAACAGUUCUUUUUUUUCCUCUGCCAGAGACUUUUAAAACCUUUUGCAUACCUGAGAGAUGGGCUCAUCAACCGUUUGGCUUUUUCACUAUAUUUUUGCUGCUGUGUUGUCCUGUGAGAAAACUUUGUCCUUUGUUAACAGUUUUGAGGGUUAACAUCCAAGAUGUGGUGCUGAACUAGUUAAAGCACUGCGGGGGUGAUGUUAUGGGCUGCAUAUCUGCAUAGGGAUCACCAAAAUACCCAACAGGUACAGAGAGGGUAGUUGAGGAAAGGCAUCAGGCCACAGGCUGUCCCUGGUAAGGCAGAGACUUCUUUGUACAUUUUGUGUGUUACCUAUAAAUAUGGAUAACUUUAUAUAAAUAUAUAGUGUUCUUAAAGUUGACUUUAAGACUACCUUUAGAGUCUCAUGUAGACUUUCCUAUCUCAGCUUCAACACUUUCCUAAACCAACUUGACACAUUCCUUGAAGUCUCUAGCAGACUUCAGGAUUUUUCUAAAGUCAACUUUAAGACUUAGUCCUCAGCAGACUUAGGCAGAUCUCUGGAGAUACUCAAAACCAGGCUGGAUGUAGGUGACCCUGCUUGAACAGGGGGCUUUUGGACUAAGUGAUCUCCAUAGGUCCCUUCCAACCUCAACCAUUCUGGGAUUCUGGGAUUUCUGAAAUCUCCAGCCAACUUCGGCAUUCCCAAAGGCCAUCUUUCUGAGUAUAGUAGUCUUGAUCAGACUUCAGGAGUUUCUUAAAGACAACUCUAAAGUUUUAAACUCUUAAAAGCCACUCCAAGAUUCUCUUUUAUUACAGCAGUGUACAACAGGCAACCCCAAACCAACUGGAGGAAGCCAGUCCUCCAUGCCCCUUGGCCUAAGUGAGUCGUGUGGGGACAAAAAAGCCCUGCAGCAUUUCUACCCCAUCCAGUGGUUUGGGCUGAAACAACUGCUGAAACAACUGAAGCCCAGGCAUCAACCUGCAACACUGCAGACCCUGAAACCCAAAUCCCCCCAGAGGGGCAGUGCAGCUGCUGCUUUAACCCCUGGUCAAGGACAUGGUGAAACCUGGGACUGAAUUAAGGAGCAACUUUCAGCCCACAACCAGUGCCAAUGGGCUUGGGUGCACCUGGCAUCCAGUUACCAAAGUCAUCAGUCAGCAUCUUGUUUGUGCUGAAAAGCAGGGUUCAAUGGGUACUUGCUUCUCCCAGGAAAUUCUCCCUGAAAAUAACUGCAGAGAAAGCAAAGCAAAGGUAAUAACAUGGUUUGGGCUGAGGAGUACCGAGAGGUCAAGAGCUGAGGUCAGGAUCUGAGAAGCACUUCCAGUCCUUGCCUGGUCCAGAGGUGCACAAUGGGACCUGAGGUCACCCAGAGAAACACCCAGGGUUCUGUUACAAACCACCAAUGAAGGUUUCUGAGACACCUCCAAAGGCACGUGGGAGAGACCUAUGCAGCAUGCGAUGGUUCACAGAUGAGCUCAGGGAGAAGAAGAAGGGACAUGGAGCUGAGGAACACAGAAGGCUCUGCAGAGGCUCAUGGGGACCUCUGAAAGGCUCAUGGAGGACCCUGGGAUGACCAUCUGCAGUUCCAUCAAUAUCUUGUUCUCUUACUUCAGAAGAGAUGGUAUCACAUCUCAUCAGACCAGCACUCUGCCCUCCUUUCCUGAGAUGGGCUGGUGUAUCACUCUCCACAUUUGAAUGGUUGGACAAAAGAAGAAUGAAUUUUCCUGUGCUGAAUGUGAAAGAAGCAGACACAACUGUCUGAGCAUUGAAAUCUGCAGUUAUUUCAGUGACUUCUGGCAGCAUAUCCUUUAUUACAUCUCCUUUUGUUCCCAAUGGGAAUCAGCACAAAUGUUUGGGAUUCUAUCAAGCUUCAGAGAUGAUGUUAUUGUGCGGUUAUUUGAGACAAUGCAUCUUGCCCUGUUCUACAAAUGGAAGCAGCAUGGGACUCCAAAGCAAGGAGGUGAAGCAUACACAAGGCAGGUGAAAGACGCUUAAAUCUAGCGAAGUUUUCACUGACAAAUGGGAAAUCUAAACAGCAGUUAUCUACAUGUGAAAUAAUUUUCCAAGGGUACCUUUAGAGACAGUGGAGAAAAACAAUUUUUUUUUUCUUUUAGGGUUGUGAGACAUCUUUAUUUGGUAUGGCAUGUAGUACCUACAUAUAUUAUCCUUUAAAGUGCUUAUUUUUCUCCAUCACCUCAAAAGAUUGUGUAGGCAGAUAGCAAUAUCAUAGACCUAUAAUGAGGCAUUUAAAAUUAGGUAAUGACUCUGAAAGAGCCUCAUAGUCUCUCUGUGUCAGCACAGAUCUAUAGGUGUCUGAGAAGCUUUCACUGAAUCAUCUCUGAAAAUGGUCAUCAUCAAUUAGGCAGUUGGAAAAAAAAUCUAUGCCAUUUGGGUAGUGGUGGCAAGGUGGGACCUUAGACUGCUAUACACCAAUGAAGAAUCCCAGCAGAAGAAUCGUAGUAGAAUUUAGGCAGUGAGAUUUAGGUGCUAAUUAAACAUUAAAUCCUCUUAUAGUAAGAGGCUUUAAAAGAAUAGUUCUCCUUGUUUCUUUUUCUCUGCCUGUCCUGGCUUUAUAGGAUAGAGGUAAGGGGAUGGUUAACACCAUCCUUUAUUUCAGUGGGACCAGGAUUUUCCCUUUGAAUCUCCAUAAAAAUACUUUAUGCUUUUUCUUGUUUUCAUGCAAAGACCUCUGUAAAUGUCUGAAAAGAAUAUGUUCGAAUAUGUUCUUUGAUGGUGACAUGUCCCAGGCAAAGGACAGUGACCUCAGGGAGACUCAUGGAGACUAAAAGAGAAAAGAGACAUGAUUCUUGUGUACACUGCUUGUCUCAAUUAUUUAAAGGCACCAAGUUCUCAGUUCAUAGUAGAAAAGUGGGGCUAAGUAGUUUAAUGUGUCCCUGAUUUAUAUGGUUUGGGCAUGGCAGUAGCACUACCUCUCCUUUAUAAAUAGAGAGUUGAGGGAGAAUAAAGCUAACUUUGACCUCCACAGAAUACUUACGUAAAUUAUUUCUACAGAUCUCUCAGAAUCCUCUUGAAGUUAUGGAGUUUUGUAAGUAAUAAUCAUUGUACUGAGCAUAGUGUCCAGCAAUCACUUAACUCAAACACUGACAACAAAUUUUGAUCCCACCUAAGAAGUUAUUGCAAAGACCACUUCAAAAUAGAAACCCAAGAGAGAUUUGAGUUAAUGGACCUCUGACAUUAUGCUUUACUCUUCCAAAUAUUGAUGUUAUCAAAACUAGCAUCCGCUACUAAGACUAAAGAACAAUAUCAUAGAUUAUCUUCAUGUAAUCAAAUCUGCUUUCCACAGGUAGCAAUCGUUUAUGGCACCAAUUUG